CAAUAGCGUUUCGAGUAAGACAGAGAGGCCUCAACAUGUCUCGGACUUAGGGCAUUGCGUAGGUAGUCUCUCGCUUUCGACAACAUGCGCGAAUCUGCUUGUCAACGUUUUCGAGUGGAAAUUUCCCUGUUGCCUCUUUUCUUCUCUCCCAUCCAUUAACAGAACCUCACGACCCCGUGAUCUCCUGCAAAUUCAACACUUUGAAGAGAUCACUCCGCCGCGAAUUGAGAACAAGGUUCAAGAUGCACCUCUCCCGAGGUGUGCUGAUAGCACUCGCUCUGGGCGCUUCGAAUGUUGCAGCACGACCCCAGUUUUCCUUCAACCUGGCUUUUAACAUUGGCCCGGAGGAGCAACCGAGCAGCCACAGCAACCCCGAGCCAACUACAUCUGCCGCUCGGGUACAGGAAUCUUCAUCCUCAGGAGCAGGCAACCUUUUCAGGGGUCGGUUUCGCGGUUCCAACGACCACACCACUUCCCAACCAGACGGCCAGAAAACCCCUCUUACAAGCAAUAACCAACAAGCCCACGCACGACCAUCAAACGCAGCUGGUCCUUCAGUUGUCUUCGAUGGCCUCAAAUCCGGGUCUGCCUCUUACACCACUGUUUCCGGCCCUAUCAGUGCUGUAGGCCAUUCCUCUUCGAAUCCCCCUCCUUCCAAAAACCAAACGGUUCCUGCUGGCCGCCCUUCAAACGGUCUGAAUGGGAACUCGCAGUACGAUGGCGGCGGAAGCCCCUCCCAAGCGGGUCAAUCUUCUCCCACAAUCACUAAAGCCGGCACCGCUCAGUCAGAAGGCCAACCCCCGGUUUCAACAGGACUUGUCGGAGCAUCAACACUUAAGGAUCAAGACACCAGUCGCAAUACAACCAAGCCCGCUCCAUCGAGAAUCGUGUCAUGUUUGAUGUGCAAGAAGGGAAACAGGGCUCGAACCCCACCAGCUCUUUCAAGGCUGGUAAUAAUCGCUAUCAGACUGGCGAUCAUCGUGUUCAAGAAAGCUCAGCACCAGGAGGCCCCGGUGGCCAUUCUCAGUCCGCUUCCGCAAAGUCUAGAAACGAAGAUGCAUCACGACGUUCAUUCGAACAAUCCGCCAGCCAUAGAUAUUCGACCUCAUCCUCCAAAGUGCCCGGGGCGUGGCCCAUCUCGUCUAGAUCUGUACCUGAGUCCUCAAAGGCUUCUAUCAUCUCUGGGAAACUUCCUACCUUGGCUUCAAGCCAAGGGCCAGAACCCUCCUCGAUUUCAAGUCGGUUGAGAUCAGGAAUCUUGAAAGCAGGAGAAUCUACGCGCACCCGCGAACUGCCAAAAGCAUCGCCAAUCUCGGGAAGCCAGAAAGUUCCAUCAGCCCAAGGCAAGCCAUCUGCCUCUGGACCAGGAAGUGGACCAAAUUUCUCCUCGCUGUCAGGGGGAAGUAGCUCUGAAUUCAGC